AUGGCGGGUGAAAUGUCCAGCUUCGACUUGUCCCGCUUGGAUUUGCCGCAGGCAGUGGUCGAAGCGUAUCGAACACGCGGAAUCAAAUCUUUGUACAAUUGGCAAGCCGAAUGCUUGACCACGCCAGGAGUCAUGGAGGGCCAAAAUUUGGUUUACUGCGCACCAACGAGUGGCGGAAAAACCUUGGUCAGCGAAGUCUUGAUGUUGCAACGCCUCUUCCGUUUGCGCAAACGGGCGAUCUUCGUGUUGCCCUAUGUCAGUGUGGUCUCUGAGAAAGCAGCAUUCCUGCAGAGCCUUUGCAAGUCUACAGGUGCCUUGAUCCAAGCAUUUUAUGGUGGCAGCCCUACGAGCAUUAAGGACCCAUUCGACAUUGCUGUGUGCACCCUCGAAAAAGCCAAUGCUCUGAUCAACUACAUGGUGGAAGAAGGGCAGCUGACCAAACUGCUUGGAACUUUGGUGGUGGAUGAACUUCACCUGGUGGGUGAUGCAUCCAGAGGAUAUCUUUUAGAAAUCUUCCUCAGCAAGGUACUGUUUCUCGCUCCAGAGAUCCAGGUGUUGGGCUUGAGUGCAACACUCCCCAACGUAGAGGACAUUGCCAAGUGGCUGAAUGCUGUGCUGUAUCGCACUGCCUACAGACCAGUUCCGUUGCAAGAAUACAUUUUAAGCGGCCAUGAACUUCUAAAGCCUGAUGGCUCUAAGGUGCGAAGCCUUUCGUUUGAAGGUUUGAGCCCAGAUACUGACAGCGUGGUCGCAGCGACUUGGGAGGUGACACGCGAUGGCCACAGCGUGCUGAUUUUUUGCUCUUCCAAGGUGAAGUGUGAGCGCACAGCCGAACUUCUGGCUUCGAAGCUUCCAAGUUCUCCGCAUCAGCCAGCUGAAAGGGAAGCCUUGGUGACUCAGAUGCAACAACAGAUAGGUGGAGCUGAUCCAGCUCUUCAGAAAACCAUUCCUGCUGGAAUCGCCUUUCAUCACAGUGGUUUGACCACAGAAGAGAGGAAUGUCAUCGAACGUGGAUACAAAAAUGGACACAUCAACGUGAUUUGUGCCACAUCCACCCUUGCGGCUGGAGUGAAUCUACCGGCUCGCAGGGUUGUUUUUCAGUCACCCUUCAUGGGGAACCAGCUACUGGAUUCAACUCAGUAUAAACAAAUGGCAGGUCGUGCUGGUCGAGCAGGACAAGGAACAAUGGGAGAGUCGAUCAUCAUAGCGGCGCCAAACAUUAAGAAUCAAGUGAUGGCCUUGGUCCAACAGCAGCUGCCUCAAGUAGUGAGUUGCCUUCGCAAUGAGAAGCGGGGCUUAAAACGCUUCAUUCUGGAAGUACUGUGUGUGGUACCACAGCUAGGUGCUGGAGAAGAUUUGAUUCGAUUCUCUUCAAGCACUCUCUUGAUGACUCAAGCAGGUUCACCAGAUGAGUCCUUGGAACCUGCCCAACGUUAUCCAGAAAUUGCUGAAGCAAUGAAAUGGCUUCUGUCACACGAUAUGGCUCGUUUGGAUGAGCGAUCCAAUGCGUAUCGAGCAACGCCGCUGGGUCAUGCUGUUUGUGCUUCUGGCUUGGAACCUCCACAAGGACAGCUCCUUUUCCAAGAGAUGCAACAGGCCCGAAGCUGCAUCUCCCUAGACACUGAUCUGCAUGUUUGUUAUUUGGUGACUCCUGACAGCCUUUUGACCGUCGAUUGGGAUGUGUACAAGAAGGCGCUUGCUUACCUUUCGGCCGCAGAACGCCGGGUGGCACAACGCAUCAAGUUACGUUUGGACUUGGUUGACCAGGCGCAAUUCCAAGGGCGCUUGCCCAACAGCACCGUGCAGUCGGUGGACGGUCAGAGGAUCAUCAGGUUUUACAGUGCGCUGGUUCUUUGGGCCUUGCUUCAUGAGAUGCCGGCACCAUUACUCUUGAAGAAAUUUGCUUUGAGCAAGGGGCAGCUGCAACAACUCCAACAGUCUGCAGCAUCCUACACCCACACAGUGGGCGUAUUUUGCAAUCGACUUCAGUGGUACACCUUGGAAGCCUUGAUUUUGUCCUUCCAGAAGCGCUUGGCCUUGGGGGUGCGCUUGGAGCUGGUCCCCUUGAUGCAGAUCCCAGGCAUGGACUGCUCCGUUGCCCGUGCCCUUUACGAGCAAGGCUUUACUACGCCUGUGUCAGUGGCAGCUGCAUCACGAGCAGAAUUGCUGCGUACAUUGCGAAAGACCUUGCGACAUGAUGUACCGUCUGCUGCGUUGCCGGAAGAGAAUGCAGAUCGCCUCAUUGAAGCCGCGGCAGGCCUUGCCAAAUCUCAGAUCAACGACAAACGCAAGCGCGCGCGAGCCCAGAAUGCCGAGCAAGGACUCACCACAGGCCCACCACCCAAGCGUCCAAGUACAGCUGCCACGGCUGCCACGUCUUCAACGCGGCUGCAGCCAGCCCAGGUAAGCCAAAGGAUGGAUACAGUGCAUCCGCGAGCCAUGCCUGGAGCAGCUUUUUCGCCCAUGACAGGGCCGUCACCCAUGGUGCCGCAGGUGCAGCCCCAAAACCUUGGCAGUCGCCCCAUGGGUCACAUGGGUCGCCCCAGUGGGUUGCAGUGGCCACAGAAUCAGCAGCAGCAGCAGCAGCAGCAGCAGCCGCCGCCGGUUUUUGCAAGUGCUAUGGCGGCUGUACCAAGAUGUGAAGCGCCUGUUCACCCAUCCGUCAUGACUCCUCCACCGACAACCAGACGCGACACUGAGGACAUUGGAGCGGCAUCUGAAGGUGAUGAUACAGAACAACUCUGCAACUCAGUGAGCAGAUGUGCAACGCCCUGUCGACUUGGAGCUGCUGUUGAGGAGGAAACAUCUCCACUGUCUUCGGAAAGGCUUGGCGAAGGCUUGCGCAGAGUUGGACGGUUAAGUUUGAGCCCAAGGGAUGUAGAAGCUGUGGGUGGAUCUCCUGGUGCCCAUUCCUGUGGAGUUGCAUCUGGAGGAGCAUCACCUGGUGGUUCUGCAGACUCACAGUCAGCUCUGGUUUCAGCACGUGGAGAACCCCAUCCCUGCGUGCAGAGCGAAGCCAACUUCCUAGCAUCUGCAUUGGCAACCCCAGGUGCUCGUUUUCGGUUGCCUCCAUUGCAGAUUCUCUCUUUGGCAGAUCCGGCACUUCAAAACUUGAGCACACGGCUACUAACUGUUGACUGGAUUGGAGCAACCAUUGUGCUUGGUGGUGACAAAGAGGAAGCGCUGUGCUUAUCAUUGGGUCCCUGCGAGGCCUAUUGCCUGGUUUUGCCACCUCCAACCUCUGAGAAGACCGCAGCACCGCUGACGGGAUCUAUUUGGAGCUGGUUUCAGGAUGAGCAAAAUCUGUGCCUCACAGCGAAUGCCAAAGACUUGGUGGCGGCAUUUCUCAAGCGGGGCAUUGAUGUUCAAUGCUCCUUGGCGGAGCCUCGAAUUGCCUAUUGGUUGUUAGAUCCAGAUGACAAGCAGAACGUGGCGAUUUCCAAUCUGGCAGCACUUUGUCAGAUCAACUUGGAAUCCGCUGGUGCUACAAUUGCUGGAAAUGCUUCAAGUCUCAGUGCAGUAUUAAGAGCCAGACUUGCAACUUCAUGGCCCGAAGCCUUUGUAGUGCUGCCUGUGUUGGCUGAGCUGCUUAGAAGACUGGGGCGACAGCAACUCUUGGGGAGCUUUUGGUGGAUUGAAAUGCCAAUUGCCACGGUCUUGGCAUGGAUGGAACACUUUGGAAUUGGAUGCCAAACCAGGGAUCCCAGCCAUACACGUUGCCAUGUAUUGUACAAGAUGGCAGCCAUCCAGGAACACGUGAAGAAAGUGGUGGGGAGGCAAGUUUUGUUAAACUCAAGUGAGGACGUAGGCCGUGCGCUCUUUGAAGAUCUUCGAAUUCCUUUGCCAAGAGGGGCACAGAUGCGUCGCAAGGCCAAUGGCAGACUUUGUUACAAAUCACCUCAAGACUUAUUGAAGCGCUUGCUGCCAAAUGAAGUUGUCAGUUUGAUCCUGGAAUAUCGGCAGCUGAUUCAUGCGGUCAAGCGAAUUGAGACAAUUCAACGAUCUGCAGAAGCUCCGCGGAUGGAACCUUUGUGUCCUUUAUGUAUCGGGACCAAUGGGACCAUCGGAGCUUCAAGUAGUCAACCCUGCACCGUCUGCACAGGCUAUCCUUUUUCGCAGCCACGCAUUCGGACAGACUUUGUACAGACUGGCACGGCAACGGGGAGAUUGGCAACUGCUGCAGGAUCCGUCCCUUUGAUGUGCUUGGAGAAUGCCUUUCAAAUCAGCGAAGUGGUGCGGCCAUCGCUGCAUGAAGAGUUGAUAAAGGGCGAGGUCCAAGCUGCUGCAGUGGCCGGUGCCAGAGUUUUUGUGGCCGCAGCCUCUGAGGCACCGCCCAAGCAGCGGCUUCUCAGAGAAGGUGCAGUACAAGAAGUGUCCACCCGGAGCUGUGAUGAAGCCAUGUGCGACGGGGAGACCUCCUUAGCACAAUAUUGGCUCUCACGUGGUUGGCAAGUCUAUGCAGAUCAGGCCCGGAGCAGUAAAGUGCGACAGGUCUUGAUUCAACAUGGCACGUCAGUCCUAUCAUAUCCUGCAGAUCAAGUCUGGCGCCUGGCAGCAGCAGUGGAUGUUUCCAAGGAGGCUGCAAAGAUCAUGGUCAACCCGCGGCAGUUGCUGUCAGCAGAACCUGGCUACGUGCUGUUGAGCUUGGACUAUUCGCAGAUAGAGGUUCGUUUGAUGGCCCACUUUUCGGGUGAUCAAAGACUUCUAGACAUCUUGCAUCAAGGUGGAGAUGUCUUCAAACAAGUCGCAGCAGGUUGGUUGGGAAAAUCCGCUUCAGACAUCACUCCAGAAGAGCGCAGUGGGGCAAAGCGCAUUUGCUACAGCCUGAUUUAUGGUGUUGGUUCUGGCAAGUUAGCAGCAGACCUUGGAAUAUCUCGCCAUCAAGCCAAUGAGCUCAAAGCUUCCUUCAUGAAGGAGUACGCUGGCGUUGCCUUUUGGAUCACUUCGUGCACAGACCAAGCCCGUCAGCAAGGCUUCGUGGAAACGGUCCACGGACGUCGCCGCUUCCUGCCUGGCUUGGGAUCCUCCUCAGCGGCACAGCGGUCGCAUGCGGAGCGGCAGGCCGUGAACACCGCCUGCCAAGCGUCAGCGGCGGAUCUGAUGAAAGCUGCCAUGAUUGGGAUCCACAUUCGAUUGAAAGAGCUUCGAAGCCAUGCGUCUGAUGGUCAAUGUCGUUUGGUGGGACGUUUGUUGUUGCAGAUCCAUGACGAGCUGAUGGUGGAGGUUGAAGAAACCCGCCUGACAGAAGUUCGCGAAGUUGUGGUGUCUGAGAUGAUUCGAGCUGGUUGUGACUUGAAAGUACCACUGCAAGUGCGAUGGAAAGUUGGCAAGACCUGGGGAAACCUGGAGUCCUGA